GGGCAACCGAGCCGCCAGCGACGCCCGCACAGCCGCGGGGGCCCGGGCGGGGGGCCAUGCCGUGCCGGAGGGAGGAGGAGGAGGAAGCCGGCGACGAGGCGGAGGGGGAGGACGACGACGACAGCUUCCUUCUGCUGCAGCAGUCGGUGACUCUGGGCGGCUCGGCCGACGUGGACCAGCUCAUCGCCCAGAUCGGCGAGACGCUGCAGCUGGACGCGGCGCACGACGACCCGGCCUCGCCGUGUGCUGCCCCGGGUCCCCCGCCCCCUCCUCCGCCCCCGCGAGUCGUGGCGGUGCUGCCGGCGGACAAGGCCCGGGCCCCAACUAGGCGGCUGCUGCGAGCGGCCGCAUCUGCGGAGGCCGGGGACCCGGCGCCCCCGGGGGCGGUGCGCUGCGUGCUAGGAGAGCGCGGGCGCGUGCGGGGUCGGGCGGCUCCCUACUGCGUGGCCGAGCUCUCCGGGGGCGCCAGCGCGCUUUCCGGGCUGGGGCGGCGGGGGUGGCUCCCGGGUGCCGUGACAUCUCGGCGAAUCCAGCAGCGGCGGUGGGCUCCCGGCGGAGCGCGUGCUGGCGACGACGACCCACACCGGCUCCUGCAGCAGCUCGUGCUCUCGGGAAACCUCAUCAAGGAGGCGGUGCGCAGGCUCCAGCGAGCGGUUGCGGCGGUCGCAGCCACGAGCCCCGCGAGCGCCCCGGGGUCCGUGAGUGGUCGAAGCGGACCGGACUCGGGCACCUGGCUCUGACUCGGGGUCCUGGAGGAGGAAGCGGACGCGGCUAAGCCGACCCAACAAUGUUCUGCGCCGGACUGUCCGGAGCUGAAGCCGUCGUCCAUCCCGCGGGCUACAGCCCCAAAGUUACCUGCCGCGCGAGGCUGUUAGAGAAAACGAACUCGACUGAGCAGCACCGGCAGCCGAGUACCUGGGAUUUACCGGGAGAACUGUGGCAGCUACUUGAUCAACUUGGACCUGACUUAGCCCUUGGGGACAGCGUGUGCUUGGAUUGUUUAUAGAUGUUGCUCGCAGGGGCGGGAAUUGGGAGGACUUUCUAACAAUACUUGAAAACGAAUAGUCGGCAUACAUGGUCUCGUUAUUUUCGGGUGGAGAAACUUCCUGAAUGUGGUGCUACAAUUGCAGAUCGAAGAGGUUCUGGGGUGAAGAAUGUUAAAACUUGGCAGUUGGGUGGUUGGCAACGGUGAAGGUGGGCGAUGGGACCCAGUUGGUGAAUUCUUGAAGAUGGGGAGAGUUGAGUUUAAACGUGGGCUUGUAAAGGACUUGACCUUGCCAACUUUGACUCGAGGUCAGCUUGGUUGUGAGUUGGGUGUUGUGGGAUCCUUGGGAGAGCUCUAACCGCGGUGUCUUUUUUUUUUUUUUUUCCCCUCUUGAUCCAAGCGCAGACCUGUCUCCUUUGCCACCGCUUGGAGUCUCCCGAGGACACGGAGGCCAAUAGGGCUGUGACUGGAGAGUUAUUUGCGCUUUCUGUGCUUUUCUCUUUCCAGAACAACAACUCCUGCUAGACCAUUCUUGGCUGUCGCACCAGCUUUCUCAGAAACGGCCAUAAACAACCCCUGUCCUCUUGUGGGGUGUGUGUGGUUGAAUGAAAGCCUCGGACACACUUUUCUGUACUGUUUUGAGCCUCUGCAGACUCCGAGAGGCCCUCUCCUGCUUCCUCACCUGCUAGUUCUUUGUGAGUGACUGAAACCGUUUUUAAAAAAAUGUGACUCCAGGAGGAGAAACCGCCGGCUUUUCCCCCUUGUGAAACUUGAGGGUCCCCUUUCUGAGGUGCCACCCCCAGACUCUAAGGUAGCUAAACCAUUUUUUUUUUUUAAGAUUCAAUGGCUUGUUCAUCUUUCAGAUGUAGCUGUUGACGUACACUUCGCAACGGAGUGUCUGAAAUUGUGGUGGUCCUGAUUUAUAGGAUAUCAAUUAAAAUGU